GCCUGCAGCAGUAAUCGGACAACUCUCGUUCUUGCUCGGAGUCUGUCUCUUGAGAUCUAGUACGGGGCUCCAUGACUUUUCACCCUUAAAAUGAAAAAGAAAAAAGUUGUCUUUUAUCGCUAAUCUGCGCGUUUAAAGUCAACUCUAAGAGAAGUUUAUUUUCUUUUUUUUUUUUUAAGUUCUUCUUUUGUUCUGGAACGGACAGACACUCAACGGAAGAUUGCAAAAAAGGAGGAAUAAAAGAAAAAGUGCAAGGAUUCUACCAUAAUUGUAGUCUAUGGAAAUGCAGGAUCUAGCUAGUCCACACAGCCGAGUAAGUGGAAGCAGUGAGUCCCCAAACGGUCCCAACAUCGACAACUCACAUAUAAAUAACAAUUCCAUGACACCAAAUGGCACUGAAGGUGAUAACAUCACUAUGCUUACCACAGCUGACUGGUUGUUAAGUUCUAGUUCACAGUCCGCUGCAGUUAAAACAGAGCCAAUGAGCAGCAGUGAAAUCGCCACCUCUGUAGCAGACGGCUCUCUAGACAGCUUCUCAGGAUCAGCCAUUGGAACCAGUGGCUUCAGCCCAAGACAAACUCACCAGUUCUCUCCCCAGAUUUACCCUUCCAAAGACAUUGCCCCAACUCCAAAACCAACAGUUUUUUUCUGCCGUCCUUUUUCUCCCAUCUUUCUUCCUCUAGUGUUUUCCUUCGAGCCUCCAACAGUUAGCACUGGAGGCAGUUUUACAACAACUUCAGGGCUGUACGCUGGAAGCAAUUCCCUCACAAACUCAACUGGAUUCAAUAGCACACAACAGGACUACCCCUCCUACCCAGCUUUUGGACAGAGUCAGUAUGCGCAGUAUUACAACAGUAGCCCUUACACUUCUCCAUACAUGACCAGUAACAACACCAGCCCCACCACACCCUCCACCACUGCCACCUACACUUUACAGGACCCUCCAUCAGGGAUCACCAGCCAGCCCCUCUCAGAGCAACCGGCAGGAGAGUACAGUACAAUCCACAGUCCAUCAACCCCCAUUAAAGAUUCAGAUUCAGAUCGAUUGCGUCGGGCUUCAGAUGGAAAGUCACGUGGCCGGGGAAGGAGGAACAAUAACCCAUCCCCACCUCCCGACUCUGACCUUGAGCGCGUGUUCAUUUGGGACUUGGAUGAAACAAUCAUCGUUUUCCAUUCCUUGCUCACGGGAUCUUACGCCAACAGAUUCGGAAGGGAUCCACCAACGUCAGUGUCAUUGGGACUAAGAAUGGAAGAGAUGAUCUUCAACUUGGCUGACACACAUUUCUUCUUCAAUGACUUGGAAGAGUGCGAUCAGGUCCACAUCGACGACGUGUCGUCGGACGACAACGGGCAAGAUCUAAGUACAUAUAAUUUUAGCACAGACGGAUUCCACGCUGCUGCCACUAGUGCCAACCUGUGUCUGGCCACUGGCGUACGAGGAGGUGUGGACUGGAUGAGAAAGCUCGCCUUCCGCUACAGACGAGUAAAAGAAAUUUACACCACCUAUAAAAAUAACGUCGGAGGUCUGCUUGGCCCAGCCAAAAGGGAAGCCUGGUUGCAAUUGCGAGCAGAAAUUGAAGCCCUGACCGACUCCUGGUUAACACUGGCACUGAAAGCACUAACAUUAAUCCACUCAAGAUCAAACUGUGUGAACAUCUUAGUGACCACAACACAGCUCAUACCUGCCCUCGCCAAGGUCCUCCUGUAUGGACUGGGAGUAGUAUUUCCAAUUGAAAACAUUUAUAGCGCCACGAAAAUAGGAAAAGAGAGCUGCUUCGAGAGAGUUAUCCAGAGGUUCGGGAGGAAAGUUGUUUAUGUGGUGGUAGGGGACGGCGUGGAGGAGGAGACAGGGUCGAAAAAGCGAUGGUACAAAGACAGUGGGGCACAACCCCUUCGCUUUCCUCGUUUCGCCAGACCUGUUGCCCUGGAUGUCCUACGCUUCUUAUUUAUAAACUUCGAGAGACUUUGUGGAGCGGCACUGGCCCCAAAAAAAGAAACUUGUGCCUUUUCGCAUUACAACGUACUUUGA